AUGAUGCGCGCCUUUCUGUGGAUUGCUGCCGUGUGGUUGGUGUGUGGAGCCACUGCCGAGGAAAAUGUAACAGCGAACGAUUCGAAUGUAACGGAAGUGGCUCGACGAUUGCCGCAAAAUGGCCGUCCUCCCAAUGGCCGUCCUCGUCCUCCCAAAGGCGGUCCUCCCAAAGGUCGUCCUUCACCUCCACUCGAGUGCCGUCGGGCAAUGGAUUGUCCCCAACAAACCUGCCGAGUUGGAUACCCCUGCACAAGAAAUACGUGCCGCCGUGGACGCUGCGAGGAAACCGAUGCUCCCUUUUUCCCAUGCCGCGCAAACCGAGACUGCCGACCAGGUGACCUAUGUGCCAAUGGCAGGUGCCUCCAAGAUGAUCGCGUCCUUUGUCCCGAUGAUGUUCUACAGUGUGGCGAUGGAUCCUUUGUAUCCCGAAGAGGUUCCAGCUGUGAGUUCCCGGCUUGUCGUUGUCGCAACAACCAACAAUGCAACCGAGGCGAACAGUGCAUUGUAGGAAGGUGCCAACAAGUCGCCUGCACGUUGGAGCUCAAGACGUGUGCCGAUGGACGUCAAGUGGGCCGCACCGAACCGGACUGCGAGUUUGAUCCGUGUCGAUGCCGUCGUGAUCGACACUGCUUCCCCGAUGAACGCUGUGUCAACCAAGUUUGCGUACAGGGUGUGGUUUGUCCAGCCGAUGUCAAACAGUGUGGUGACGGGUCUUUUGUGUCCCGAACUGGUCCAGACUGUGAGUUUGAGCCUUGUCGAUGCAAUGGUAACAGGCAGUGCUUUCCAGAUGAGCAGUGUAAUGUUGCUGGCAUUUGCAUUGAAAGAGCUUGCCCUGAUGAAAGGAAACAAUGUGGUGAUGGGUCCUUUGUGCCCAGAACUCCACCCACUUGUGAGUUUCCCGAUUGUAGAUGCCAAGAUAACAGGCAGUGCUUUCCAGAUGAGCGCUGCCAAAAUGGAAAGUGUGUGGAAGCGGUUUGUCCCCUGGAUGUAAAGCAGUGCAGGGAUGGAUCUGUGGUUUCCAGAACCCCUCCGGAUUGUAACUUUGAACCGUGCGGAUGCCGGAACAACAGGCAAUGUUUUCCGGAUGAGCAAUGUGAUAGUGGUCAGUGCAAGGAAAAUGCUUGCCCUGCUGAUGUAAAGCAGUGUGUGGAUGGGUCUGUUGUGUCCCGAACAGGACCCUUCUGUGAGUUUCAGCCCUGCACCUGCCGAUUCAAUAGGCACUGCUUUGAAGGGGAGAGAUGCAACCAAGGAGUUUGCGUUGACAAUGGAUGCACAGAUGAUGUAAAGCAGUGUGUGGAUGGGUCGUUUGUGACCAGAAGAGGCCCCGACUGCGAGUUUCAGCCCUGCACCUGCAGAUCCAACAGUCAAUGCUUUCCAGGGGAGCAGUGCGAUCAAGGCCGCUGCAGAGACGACGUAGUCUGUCCUCUGGAUGUCAGAACUUGCCCGGAUGGCAGCACUGUAGGUCGAGUUCCUCCGCUGUGCCGAUUCGAAGAGUGCCCGGAUCCUUUGGUCUGUCCCUGGGACGUAAAGCAAUGCCUCGAUGGAACAACCUUGUCCCGCCAGCCACCGACUUGUGAGUUCCCCCUCUGUCCCUGCAGGCGCAACAGCCACUGCCCCCAGGGAGAGUUCUGUAAGGACAACAAGUGUGUUACCGCCCAUGACGCGGGAUAUUGA